UUCUCCCCCCGCCCCGGGGGCGGCGCGGCCGGGGCCGGCCCGGGCAUGGCGGAGGCGGCUCAAAGCCGGGUGCAGGCGGCGGUGGAGAGCGCGGUGCAGGAGCUGGAGCGGGACAGCAUCCGCGGCAUGCAGGGCGCCAUGUUCCGGUGCAGCGCCCGGUGCUGCGAGAACGGCACGGCCUCCAUGCAGCAGGUGCAGCAGUGCAUCGAGCGGUGCCACGCGCCCCUGGCCCAGGCGCAGGCCAUCGUCACCGGCGAGCUGGAGCGCUUCCAGGACCGCCUGAGCCGCUGCACGCUGCAUUGCAACGACAAAGCCAAGGACGCGCUGGAGGCGGGCGGCGCGGAGGCGCGGGUGCGCGCCCAGCUCGACGCCUGCGUGGCCGCCUGCGGGGACGACCACCUGCGCCUCAUCCCCGCCAUGGCCAAGAAGAUGAAGGACAGCCUGGCCGCCCUCCGGCAGUAG